AUGGAGAUCCGGAUGCGAAAUAAUGAUGCUCGUGCCUUUCGGGUGGCUGUCGAAGAUCGAGUCAUCGACCUACGACACAUGCUGCAUACCAGCAAUUUCCUUUCCGCUCUCGGCACCGGCUUCACGCACCUGGACACGAUGUUUAGCAGAACUUACGGCAGAUACUACCAGAAUCAUCAGCAGGUGUUCACCAGCUUCUUCAAGCAGCUCCAAGCCUUCGCCAGCCCGCACUCGGUGAUGCCGGUCGACCUGGUGGUGGACAGCUUAUUCGAGCAGCUCUACAAGACCCUAUUUUUGUUGAUGAACCCGACGAAGAAGCUCGACAUCACCACCUGGUCUUGCAUGCGGAAAUCGCUGGAAAACCUUCACCCAUUUGGCGAGAUGCCAACUCGCGUAAAAGACGGGCUUCGGAGAGCGCUGGACGGCUGGAGAAUAUUUUUAUCGUCGAUCGACGAAGCACACUCGGCGUUGGGAUCUUUUUUAAAUACAACGCUCAGCGAGCAAUGCGCCGCGAACCUGGCCCGAAUUGGUGACUGCUCGAUGUGCACACAAGCUGAGCUGGCAAAGCCCUGCCUGAACCUGUGUCGAAACGUUGCGCGAGGCUGUUUGGCCGAGUGGGCAGAGGUCGACCAGCAGUGGGACGAGCUGGCAGGCUCCCUCGGCAAGCUCGUCGAUGGUCUCACCGGUCCGUACAGCCUCCAAAACGCCUUCAACCCGCUGCCCGUACAACUUUCUGAGGCGAUCAUGACGUUUCAAGAAAAUGGGGACAGUUUGUCAAAUAAGAUCCUGGCGAACUGCUUCCCGAUCGAGGACAUCUUCGGCACCAAACAAUUACGACAUGUAUAUCAUGUGAGGCGGCAUGUCCCGGUGGAAGAAGAUUUCGAGCUGAGGGGUGUAAGGAGUAGCGAAGAGGACUCGGAGUAUUCCGAAACCGGAAGAAAGAGAAGAGCCGUCUGGCUACGACAUGUAGCCGAACAAGCCGACGGGAGCUGGAAGCUGCUUGCCGGGUUGAUGCUGGGAUUCAAGGAAAAGGCGAUAGCUAACACCGGCUUCUUCAAAUCGUUGCCAGACGGUGUCUGCUCUGACCCCCAAUUUUCCACGGGCGCCAAUACAAAAUGUUGGAAUGGGCUGAAAGUCGACAGCUACACCUUGGAAGUGAACGGCCAUGGCACAACCGCGCAGCGGGGAAAUCCGGAAUUUCAAGGGAAACGAGGAUUUGAAUAUCGAGGCCUGUUCGUCGAUGAGCGUUUGAAGCUCGGAAUGCUCUCAGCCAGAGUCAAGACAGCAGCCGGAAUCAAAGACGACCCACUACUGAAUCCGGAAAAACGACAUCGACUGGUAGAUGAGGAGACUGACGAAGACGGCGUGGAAGGGUCUGGGGACGAUAAGGACCCGGCCGCUCGAGACAAAAACUUGGCUACAAACGCUCUGGAGCACACCUCAUCCGCAUACUCGAUAAAAUACCACAUUUCUUUAUUAUUUUCUGUAUUUUUAUUUUCAUUAUUCUUAUCC